AACCAACAUGCGACCUUUUAUUUUAUUCGUAAAUUGUUUUUUUUUUUGUAUUCUUAUAAUUUGGCCCAAAUUUCUAAAGAACCUCUAUAUGAUACAAUUGAAAUCGCUGCAAUACCAAAGCUUAAGUACUCCCAAAACUGUAUGUUAAACGUUCUUUGACGACUCCCUCACCCUCGAAUCCUAAUUCGUUAAUAAUAAGCACUUGUCAGGAUAUCAAGUGAACCAUCUUUUCUAAGCCAUAUAUUAAAGUGCGUGUACCAAAGCAAAAGCCUUCAGUUGGCUUUUCAAAUGGGUCACGAAGAGGAGCUGAGCCCGGACCAAGUGGAUCUGAAAGUGUCUCCUUUGGUGGGCUCCCUUCGACGCACUUGGGGUGACUUCUGUGCCACCAGCAGUAUCCAUGGAUUGAGAUACACCCGCGACGAGGAUACCAACAAAAUAGUGCAUCUAGUAUGGCUGUUGAUCUCGCUGGUGAUGUUCUGUUGUGCUGUGGUUAUGGCGCACACCUUCUACAUGGACUACCGCAGUAGUCCCACGAGAAUGAAUGUGGAAAGUGAUCACACGCCUGUCAGCAAUCUCUACUUUCCACCAGUCACCAUUUGUCCCGAUGUGCUUUUCAAUAUGCAGAAAUCAAAGGCUUUCUUAAAAACUAUACAACUACCAAAAGGAUCCGAUUUAAGUGGCAUUCUUCGGAAACUUCACAUUUUCUACGGUUUUAUGCUGGAUGAUGAACGUUAUACUGCCCAGGAUAUUGAACAAAUGGAGACCUUGAUCUAUAUCAACAAUUUGACAAUUCAACAGUUUGUGGAACACCUACGUUGGGAUUGCAAUGAGAUUCUCUAUCGCUGUCGAUUCAAUGGUGAAAUAUUGGAUUGUUCGCAGAUUUUCCAGCUGUCCAAGACUUUUUUCGGUCACUGUUGUUCGUUCAAUUUACGACAGAAGGGUCUCAACUUCACAGCGGAACGAGCCAAAGGAGGUUUUAAAAAUGGACUUUCAGUUAUUGUUCGGUACAAGGAUGACAGCUACGAUCCAGUGCAAUCCUAUUCCUAUGGCGUAAAGCUGCUAAUCCAGGAAGUUGAUGCUUUUCCCAGUGCCCAUGCUGCUGCAAAAUUUGUAGCCUUUAAUACAGAAACUUUUGCUGCUCUCAGACCUCAAGAAACAUUUUGUUCGACGGCUGUCAAAGCUUUAACGAUUGAGGAGAGAAAUUGCGUUUUUCAGAACGAGUUCCCACUGCGAUACUUUCCGGAUUAUGUUUACCCCAAUUGCGAGCUAAAUUGUAGGGUCACAAAUAUGGUCAAGUUCUGCGGCUGUCACACGUACUUCUUUGACUUUAAUAGAACCACAGAUCGGAUUUGUACCUUCAGGGAUAUUCCCUGUCUAAUUGAUAAUUUUGAAAAUAUUAUUACCAGAAAAAAGAGCACACAGUGCGAUUGUCCACUUGCUUGUGAACACCUUGAUUACGAUGUGCAGGUAACCAAUUUUCCCCUCGAACUCAAUAUGCCAGUUGCGGAUAAGUUCUACUCAGGCCUUGCCAAAAAUGAUGGUAUAUUGCAUGUCUUUAUCAAUUCCUUUAGCUAUCGUCGCCUACGUCGAGAUUUGCUUUCCAAUAUGGUUACUUUGGUUUCUAACCUGGGCAGCGCCUUUAGUCUCUUUGUGGGCAUGAGUAUGCUGUCGGUGGUGGAGAUUAUCUACUACUUUACAGUAAUCCUCCGCAAGAACUAUAUAAUGGAAUGUGAAACACGCAACAAGAUGCUCAAUAAGGUACCAAAGUUCGCCCGGCCCAAAGCAAAUGACAUGCACAGUAAACACCAGAAAUCAGUUUUCAUAAUUCACAAAUCGUAAUCACCCGAUGGCAAAAUGCAAAAAAAUAUUGUCAUAAAUAAGGGCAAUAAAAUCGAUUUCAAGCGGCAUACGGCGCGCGAAUGAACUUGCUUAUUUAUUC